AAGCUUUGGUAAAGUGGAUAUUCAAGUAAACCUUAAGCCCUGUUCUGAUAUUCGGAUAUUUUCGUUUUUCACUUUUCCUUGUUUCUUGCAAGUUAUUACAAUCGAGCUCAAAUAUCUCUGGUUCCUUUCCGUGUACUCUUCUUCUAAUUUCAUUUCCAUCAUCAAAAUUCCCCGACCAUACAUGAUAUUCACAAAAUCUUAGAUAAACCCAUUUCAAUUCACCGUCAGUUUUGCCAAGCCCCUGUUGAAGUUUUUAUUUUUGACCCAUCUAUCUAUGAACUCUAAAGCUCCGAUUUUCCUUUCCUAAUUUGCCUCCAUUUUCCUUCGUUUUCCCAGAACACGUAACGCCCUAAUGGCUGCGGCGCUCAGAUCCAAACCCUCCAGGGAUACUGUGUCGUCUACCGUCUCUCAAUUCAGAUACUUCGUCUUCAAUUACAUGCAUGCCGGUCGAGUUGUCAAUUCUCACUAUGCGCACCGUACCAAAAAUGAAGACUUGUUCAUGAACACUCCCUACCACUUCACUUCGUUCAAACCCGUGGCGCUCAACUUUGUUGAAAAGGGUUCGCAAUUUUUCGAUCGCCCGAGAGUUGCCCAGAAAACUAGCAAGAAUAGUGAUAGGAAUUGGGGACGAAAAUUGAGCAGCAGUAGGUGUAAUAGUGUUCUUUCCUCACAAGGAGACCCACCCGAGGUAUGGUCCGGUGAUGGAAUUGUGGUUCGGGCCGGUCCCAGCUCGAAUUUGGUUCGUGGAGGCGGUGGAGGUGGUGGUCCGAGCCCUGGUUCGGGUGGUGGGUUUGAGUCCAAUUCCAAGGAUGAGUGUUGGGGUGGUUCCAGUUUGGGUAACAAUUUUCCUACACCCAAGGAAAUUUGUAAAGGGCUUGACAAGUUUGUAAUUGGGCAAGAGCAGGCCAAGAAGGUACUAUCUGUUGCUGUUUACAAUCACUAUAAGAGGAUAUAUCAUGAGUCCCUGCAGAAGUGGUCUGCAGGAGAUUCAGGUAACAGCAAAGUAGAUGCAAUGGAUGAUGAUAGAGUGGAGCUUGAAAAAAGUAACAUUCUUCUAAUGGGGCCAACAGGGUCAGGGAAGACACUACUUGCCAAAACCUUGGCACGGUUUGUGAAUGUUCCCUUUGUUAUUGCAGAUGCAACAACAUUAACUCAGGCAGGAUAUGUCGGGGAAGAUGUGGAGUCAAUUUUAUACAAGCUCCUUACGGUUGCUGAUUAUAAUGUAGCAGCUGCACAGCAGGGAAUUGUGUAUAUUGAUGAAGUUGACAAGAUAACCAAAAAGGCUGAGAGCCUAAAUAUUAGUAGAGAUGUAUCUGGAGAGGGUGUUCAACAGGCAUUACUAAAGAUGCUGGAAGGGACAAUUGUGAAUGUUCCUGAGAAGGGAGCUCGAAAGCACCCUAGAGGAGAAAAUAUUCAGAUUGACACAAAGGAUAUUCUCUUCAUCUGCGGGGGUGCCUUUAUUGACUUGGAGAAAACAAUCUCAGAAAGACGCCAAGAUUCCUCUAUUGGGUUUGGUGCUCCGGUUAGGGCAAAUAUGAGGACUGGUGGUGUUACAGAUGCUGCUGUUACAUCAUCCUUAUUGGAGACUGUUGAAAGUAGUGAUCUUAUUCGAUAUGGUUUGAUACCUGAAUUUGUUGGCCGGUUUCCCAUCCUUGUCAGUUUGUCAGCACUAACCGAAAAUCAAUUAGUUCAGGUCCUAACAGAGCCAAAAAAUGCCCUAGGGAAACAAUACAAGAAGAUGUUCCGAAUGAAUGGUGUCAAACUGCAUUUCACAGAAAGUGCCUUGAGAUUAAUUGCUAGAAAAGCAAUAUCAAAAAACACUGGGGCUCGUGGUUUACGGGCAAUUUUAGAAAAUAUAUUGAUGGAUGCCAUGUAUGAGAUUCCUGAUGUUAGAGCUGGUGACGACAUAAUAGAUGCAGUUGUAAUUGAUGAAGAGGCCGUUGGAUCAGAGGCCCAGGGUAGUGGAGCUAAAAUCCUCUAUGGCAAGGGUGCAUUGGAUCACUAUCUUUCACAAAAUAAGGCCAAGGAAGUGCAGAUUGCAACCACGGAGGGGUCGUCCGAUGGAGAGCCUGAGGUGGAGACAGAGCUUUCUUCUGUUGUAGCUAGCAUGUAACUUAGCUUUUUCUUGGAACUUAUUUGUAUCCCAAUCUUGUACAUAAUAAACAUUUAUUUAAUAAAUCAGAUGAGCGUUAUUUAGAGUUCCUGACAAGGGUUGGGUUCAGUCAUGUUGAGGAUCAGGAUGUAUAUGUAUAAUGUAUGCUUCUUUGUUAAUUGGAAAUAGUUAUCAUAUUCAGA